AUGACCAAGAAGAAGGUCAGCUCCGCGAAGGGGGCGGCGAAGGAGGAGCCCAAGAGGAGGUCGCCGAGGUUGUCAGCUAAACCUGCUCCUGCAAAAGUGGAAAUGAAGCCCAAAAAGGUGGCAGGAAAGAAUAAAUCUUCAGACAAAAAAGUGCAAACAAAGGGGAAAAGGGGAGCAAAGGGAAAACAGCCUGAAGUGGCUAACCAAGAAACGAAAGAAGACUUACCUGCAGAAAAUGGAGAAACUAAAAAUGAGGAGAGUCCAGCCUUCGAUGAAGCAGGAGAGAAAGAAGCCAAGUCUGAUUAA